AUGGUAAAAGGAGAUCCUAUUUCACAGCUUUAUCAAGAUGAUCAAUUAAUUACUUUACCUUCUUGCUGGUGUGCUCAUGAAAUGCCAGAUAAAGUCUCUGAAUGGCAUGAAUUCCUUAAAAACCUAACCAAUAAUUUUGAUAUGAUUUUUUCUGAUCAGCUUUCAGAAGCAGCAAACUUAUUGUCUGAUAAGGAAUUUGAAAUUCUUUUUAAUGCUUUGGAAUGUGCAGUUUGUCAGCUUGGUGGGGAUAAUUCACAGCCAUUUGCAUCUAGUUUUUACCAUGAAGCUGUAAAUAGAAUUGUCACCAAUGGUUCAGCCUAUUUUAUUUGCAUACAAGGUCAGGUUAGAAAAGCAGCACAGGCCUGUUUAGGACCUAUAGUAAAAGUGCCAGAUAUGAUAACAAAAUGA